AUGGGCACCCUCAAGAACCUUGUGAUAGCGGUGACCGGCACUUUUGAACACGAUGUUACCAAGAUCAAGAAGUGGAUCGACGCCAACGGGGGUCGCUUUUCCCCCACUGUACAUAGAGGUGUCACACACCUCAUCACUGGCAAGGAUGCCUGGAAGCAAGCGUGGGACACAGUUCAGGCAGCCAACAAGCUCAGAGUCUUCGUUGUCACAUUUGAGUGGCUUGAAGACAGUCUGCACAGGAGGAGGGCGCUUGCCGAGACACAAUACACAUGGGAACACAUCGCGCGGCAGAAGAAGAGGGACAGGCAGAUGACCAAGCUGGGUCCGCGGAUGAGCACUAAACAGUUCAACGAUGGGUGCGAAGAGAUAAAGAAGACCAUGGGCUUAGGUACGUCCAAAUCCCGUCGGCCUCGUGUAGUUGCUCGCAAGCCCAAGAAGCCAACGAGCAUCUUGACUGCGGACAUGCAUGUGUCCUUCUUGUCUGCUGCAGAUGAUCUGACGCGGAGAAGGGAGGAGCGGGAGGCAGCUAAGGCAAAAAAGAAGGCUGAGGAGGAAGCGGCGACGAAGCAGUCCUCCACUUCAAUCGUCGACAACGUCUCCUCUCCCGCAUCCGCAAACUUUCACGCACUUCGCACGACGUCUUUCCUGCAUGCUUCUCCUGCUCCUGGUGUCCAAGCUAAGAUACCUGCUCUGAAAGAUCUCUACCACUACUACCUCGACACGACCGGCUUCGAGUACAAGAUUGUUCUCACCCGCUGUAACCUCCGCGCGAAUGAAAUCACCAGAUACCGGCUGAGGAUCCUCGAGAGCCACACCAAGCCACACGUAUACUGUACCUUCAUCGAGUAUUUCCCACCAAGCGUUGGCAACACCGCCGGAUCUGGCAUCCACACGCACCCCGAAGCGGACCGCCUACGAGCUCUCCUCGCGCCACCUUCAGCCGCACCUACUCUCCCUCCCGCCACUCGAGCGUACAAAUCCCUCAUCGUCCCGAUGUCCUCCGACUUCGCAACAGCCUGGCGCGCCUUCCGUCACGCCUUCCGCGACCUAACCCUCCUCUCAUGCGAAGAACGCUUCGACCUCUCCAAAACUCUCUACAAGACCCGCGCCGCCCACUUCAGCAUCGAACCCUUUGUCUACGUGCGCCCCAAGCACGGCCUGCCCCUCGGCCAGCGCACGCAGCAAAUCGGCCUC